AUGGCCCCGAAACUUAAAAACACAAGUCAUAAACGGAGUACGAAAUGGUCUGGUGUCGCCGUGUCGGGAACUCUUGCCUCCACCUCUCUCCACCCCAGGUUCAAUCCUGCCACUUCUGCCACUUCUGCCACGAACCCCCCCCCCUAUCAAGCCAUACUUUUCCUCAGCUUCUGCCACAGUAUUAACAUACUUUGUACUGCGCCUCCCGAAUCCGCGACACGCCCCCGUGUUGUUUUCCCCCGCCGCCGCAAAGCCACUUCCCACUUGUUACUACCUCGCUCCAACCCGCCCUUCGCCUCAUCGCCUCACACUCGACUCGCAUCGCCUCACCCGCACCUCCAACUUUUCCCCCCCUCCUACUCCGACUCAACCCACACUUUGGGGAACAAGCUACGCAUACACCACCCGCAUUUUGAACGCUGUGGCGAGAGCUUUAUCAGCCACAUCAACUUGCAACACCCAAACACGAUACGACCGUCGAGCUCUAUCCCAUCCACCUCCGUCAUUUCGCAUUUCGGACCCGAGAUUGAAAAAAAGGUCCGCGCCGAUCCCGAUUCCCGCUGUAAUCCCGAACGGGGCCAUCUUGCUCUCCUUGCUCUUUGCUCUCUCCCUACACGGCUGCUUCCCAUUGCGCCGAACCGCGCGACUCUCAACCCCGUCCCCGACGCCACUUCAGUCGCCCUCCCACAAGCUUCCCCGUCUCCACGACCACCGCCAUCUGAACCUCUUCCCGCCGAUUUGACCCGGUCACGGUCUCUUAAGCGAAGCCGCGAGACAACUCCGACCUCUCCCAGCUCCGCUCUCGCCGGGGAACACCACCGACAUACGGGCUUUGGCUCCCCGACCAAGUUGGCGCGAUUGAACCUCGCCGCCGCUCGCUCACCUGCGCCACCCGUGACCGGCGCCGCCGUUCUCGAAGAGCAGCGACGUCAAAGGGAAGAGGAGGAAGCAGAAGAAUCGCGACUACACCCACCCGGCACGAGCGACAACCCGAACCACGGUGUCCUGUCUGCGCUGGCAGGGGACGCCACCGCCGCCAUGAGCCGAUCCAUCGAUGCCCCGCAGGCUCCCACCGCAUCCAUGGACCCAACUCCCGAAGAAUCACAACCACCGCCACCGCCACCGCAACAGCAGCAGCAGCAACAAGAACAACAACAGCAGCAGCAACAGCAACAACAACAGCAACAGCAGCAGCAACAGCAACAGCAACAACAACAUCAUCAACAACAUCAACAUCAACAUCCUACUCCUCCCCCACCCCCUCCUCAUACUGCCGUUUCGAUCACCCAGCCAAACCCCAAUGGACCUGGCGACACCGGCGACACCGGCGACCCGAGUCUCGCUGGCGCUUUGGUUACCGCCAGUCCUGGUCCCAUGGACGUCGACACAAACGUCGACCACAACGUCGGUCCGAACCUCGCCAACGACCAAGCCUCCUCAUCGCAGCACCACCCCGCCCUCCCGCCACCGCCGUCCCAGGAAGACAGGCCUGGGCCCUCCGGCGCACUCUCCUAUCCGGGCUCGCUACAACCCAGCCAUGCCUCCAUGUUGCCCGCCGCGCCAGCCCGUACCGGGAGCUUCCCCGUCUCCGCCCAGGCCUCGCCGGGCCAGCCGGGCGGGAAGAAGCACAAGUGUCCUUACUGCGAGACCGAGUUCACGCGACACCACAACCUGAAGAGCCACCUCCUUACGCACAGUCAAGAAAAGCCGUUUGUGUGCCAGCAGUGCGACGCGCGGUUCCGUCGUCUGCACGACCUGAAACGCCACAGCAAGCUCCACACGGGCGAAAAACCUCACAUCUGCCCCAAGUGCAACCGGAAAUUCGCGAGAGGCGACGCCCUGGCGCGCCACCUCAAGGGCGCCGGCGGUUGCGCCGGCAGGCGUUCUAGCAUGGGCAGCUUCGCCGACGGGGAUAGUAUGGACACCUCGAUGCACGCCGGUGACGACUCCAUGACCGGCGCCGCCUACUCCACCGACCACCCCGGCGACCAGAGCGGCGCCAUGACCGAGGAAGAGAGGAGGCAACAGCACAUGAACCUGCCGAGCAUCAAGCCGUCGUCGUCAUCCUCCCACGGCCCUGGUCACGGUCACGGCGGCGCGUCGUCUUCGGCCUCGGAUGCUUAUGCUGCGACUGCGACUGUGCCUGCGACUGCGACUGCGACUGCGACUGCGGCGCAGGCCCGGACGUACCCGCCCGCAGGCUCCCUCGAGAGGCCGCAUGGCGGGUUGUAUCCGCCACUUGUGCCGCAGGAACGUGGGGCCGCCGCCGUCUCGACUGCGGCAUCGUCGGGUAACGGGUCGUCUAUGCCUAUUCACGGCGGGGGGGGCUCUGCCUUGUACUCCCAGAAUAGCAAUCCUGGCGUGACGGAGAGCCCGAAGCCGCUGAGUCCCGGCAGUCAGCGUUCUCCCAGCCUAGCGCAGCAGCAGUAUCAGCAACAGCAGCAACACUUUGGCCGAAGGACCUCUGAGCGAAACACGUCUCCAGGGUUUCCGUCCCCGGGCCAACCCAGCAACAGCGGCGCUCCGCACGCGCGUACGGCAUCGACCGGCGGCGGCGGCACGAUGGACAACGCGACCAACAUGUUCACCUCGGACCCAGGACUAUGGACAUAUAUCCAGUGCCUCGAGGACCGGGUGCAGCAGCUCUCGGAGAGCGUGACGAGCAUGCAAAAGGCCGACAACGCGAAGCAGGCGCAGAUCGGGCUGCUGACGACCGAGAUGACGGCGUUGAAGAAGCAGUUGCAGAACCAGGAGGCCGAGGCGGCGACGAGGCAGGCGCAGAUUGGCUUGUUGACGGCGGAGAUUACGGAGUUGAAGAAGUUGCAGCCGCAGCAGCCGCAGCACCAGCACCAGCACCAGCAGGGCCACGACCUGGAGGAGAAUACAUCUGCCAGGCCAUGA